AUUUUGGUGGCAGUAGAGAGGAACCAAAACCGCAGACAAUAAACGGCUCACCGUAAAUCUCCCGUGCAGCUAGACCCUGCCCCGGUCUCAGGCGAUACAGCAUAAAGCAGCGCGUCUGUCGAGGUUGUAUGGCCGGUUGAGUGCCGUUUUCCGUUCAGGCGAUGGUCGAUGACACCGAGGAUGUGGAUUUCGGUACCGAGGAUGAGGAGGAUGAGAAAGCGCGCAGGAGCGCGAAGAUACGACACCCCAUCGCCUCCUUCGUUCACCUCUUUUUCCGGGUCGCUGCCAUAGUAACCUAUCUGCUCUGCGAUUGGUUCAGUAAGAGCUUUGCUUCCUGUUUUGUUCUGAUCAUCACACUGCUAUCCUGCGACUUCUGGUCCGUCAAAAAUGUGACAGGCAGGCUACUGGUGGGAUUAAGGUGGUGGAACCAGGUAGAUGAAGAUGGGAAGAGUCUCUGGGUGUUUGAGGCCAGGAAAAGCUCCCAGGGACAGACAGAGGUGGAGGCCAGGAUCUUCUGGCUGGGUCUGAUCAUCUGUCCUCUUCUCUGGACCUGCUUCCUGUUUACCUGCCUCUUCUCCCUCAAGGUCACCUGGCUGGCGUUGGUGGUCGCAGGCUUGUCACUCCAGCUGGCUAAUCUCUAUGGAUACCUGCGCUGCAAGGCCGCCGGACAGGAAGUCCCGCCCACCACCUCUUCCUCCUUCCUCGGCCUGCACUUCCUCCAGAGGCCUGACAUCAUAUUUGGCAUGUUGUAAAGGAGAAGUUCCUGGAUAUCUGCUGACUCACCCUCGUUCAUCUGAAACACAAGCUGUUUACUUCUUCAUGGUUUAUUUGUGUGCCUUUACUCUAUGUAUAUAUUCCAAGCUUGAUGUACUACUUGAAUACAUUUAAUUUAAUACAUUUUAAAUACAAUGUUAUUCAUAUUGCAUGUCUUUAUCCAAAGCAACAUACAGACCAUGUGUAAGAAGUACAGCAGAAUCUGGAGUAUCAGACGUGCGUAGAUCUACAGUGUUUCACGGGUCAGAGUCUGUAUUUUAUAACAUCUCAACUACAAUAUUAUAUCGUACAGUGCAACCACUACAUCUUAAGUUCCAGAUAAUAAACAGUUGUGUUGGUGCACGGCUCCUUCCUGAAGAUGAUUUAUGAUGUUUCUGAGGAGUUGAUUGAAUCAAGAGGAAUUAUUAAAUCUGUUGUUUGAAAGAC